GGCAUUCCAUCAAGUUAUUUCAGAACAAGCUCUAAUCGAAGCAAUUCGGUGCAAACGCACUGCGAACUCGCAAGUGAUUUUCGAAGUUAUUUACGACAACUACAACUGAAAUCAAGCAACAUGUCUCUGCUACCAUUCAUCAUGGGCUACGAGCACCCUCACCGUCUCAUCGACCAAGAUUUCGGGUUGGCGCUGACUCCAGACGACUUGUUGACGGCUGCUGUGGCCCCCAUGCUGUCGAGGGACUACUACCGACCCUGGCGUCAACUGGCUGCGGCGGCGAGGGACUUCGGAUCCACCAUCAAAUCCGACAAAGACAAAUUCCAAGUUAAUUUGGAUGUUCAGCACUUCGCGCCUGAAGAAAUCUCGGUGAAGACUGCGGAUGGAUAUGUUGUUAUUGAAGGCAAGCACGAGGAGAAGAAAGACGAACACGGGUACAUUUCAAGGCAGUUUUCUCGUCGUUACGCUCUGCCUGAAGGCUGCAACCCCGAGACAGUAGAAUCGAGGCUAUCAUCUGACGGAGUACUGACCAUCGUCGCCCCACGCGUGGCCCCAGCUUUGAAAAACGAAAGGACUGUGCCGAUCUCGCAGACAGGACCAGUGAGGAAGGAGAUUAAGGACCAGACGUCUCAGGCCAACGGCAGCCAAAAGUGAAUCUCUGUGUGAUGGUGGAUGAUUGUAUUUGUGAUAGCGCAUUUCCCUUUUGUUUACAAAUGAUUUUUGUGUAAAUGUACCUAUUCAAGUUAAGACUGAAUUAUUUUAAUAAAUGUUUUAAAUUAAAAUUAA